AUGUGCACUUGUUGGCUGCAGUGUUGUUCUUUGCUGCACAAUCGUGCCAAAAGUGGCAGCCUUUACAUAUCUUGCGAAUUUCUGACAUUGCUGUCAUUCAUAGUAUCAAUUUGUUGUGCACUUUUUAAAUUUCUAGUUAUACCCGUAAAAUUGAUUCUAGACUUUAAAAAAGUGUUGUGGUCGAUACUUAUAACAAAUAAGAAAAUGGAAUUUAACGAAUUGGAUGGUAAUACCCAAAUUUACUGUGAUAUUUGUAACGAAACGGUCACAAUCAACGCCCUGUGUCAACAUUUCCAGGUACAGGAGAAGCCAGAAGAUUUGGAAGAGUGUUCAGAUGCACCAAAGGAAUAUGGCAGCUUCGAAGAAAACUUAAUAUCCACAAUACAGGCACACCCUAUUUUGUGGGAUCCCACAAUAGAUAUCAAAUUAAAAUCAAAAUCUGCCAAAGAUAAAGCUUGGCUUGAAAUUUUUAACUUAUUUAAUGAAAAAUACUCCAUCGAAAUUAUUAAAAAAAAAUGGAAAAAUUUAAAGGAUACGUACAUAAAAACCAAAAAUUAUAUGGAAUCAUAUGUUCCUAGUGGUUCUGGAGCGAUAAAAAAAAAAAGAAGCCCUGGAAGUUUUUCGAUUCAAUGA